AUGUUCGCGCAUACCCUCCCCCACAUCUCCUCUGACAUUCCGGGCUCUAUGCGCUCUAUCCCUCCCUUAGGAAAGACACUCGUCAGGAAGGCCGCCACUGGCUUCACCUGCGCGUACGACAAUACCGAGCACAUGAACUCCAGUACGAUCGGCCUGUUUUCGACGCGCUCGUCCUCUCGCACCUCCACCGGAUCGGUGCCGCGCGAGCGGGAUGAGCGUGCGCAAGGUCACUCGCGGGGUAUACGGGGCAAGUGCAUCGAGCGUGCUCCACCAGCUCCCCAGCUCCGUCCACGCCUUGCACAUCCGCUCGACCGCGCCGUCGAUGUCCGCGUCGCCGCUCUGCCACCCGAUGGCGGCGCUGGUGCUGUGCGGGAGAGCGAGGAAGGGGAGCGCGCCAGCCAGGCCGGUGACGACCUCGACCUGCGUGAGACUGUCGCGGGCGAUGCGCGCUCGUUGUCGAAAAAGUCGAACACGCGCGUGUUGUCGAGCGCCUCGAGCGCCUCCCAUCGCCUUCUCUCGAAAGCCCUCGAAGCGUCGCUGCACAUCAAGACGACCACGGGCAAGCCCGUCCGCUUGUUCUAA